AUGAAUCAUUUGUGUCAGUUUUGUCAUGCUAAACAUUUCAUUUCUGAAUUGCCCGGUGAUAAGAAGUAUAGUACUUGCUGUCACAAAGAUGUCAAUGAAUCCCGUAAAUAUGGACAACUAUAUAUUGUUGAUAACGAGAUCGCUACUAGAGUACGUAUGCAAUAUCCCGGCAAUAGCGGCUGCUUAGCAGAGGUAUUGAGCGUAUUGGAUAACGUUAUACGUAGGGUCAAUCCAUAUGCGAAGGCGUUCAAUAUGAUGUACGAGGUGGAAGAAAACGACAAAUUGUUGGCCAAUGCAACCGAUUGUCCAGCCCGUGAAGUUAGAAUGUGGUUGAAGAAAGAUGAAACAGUUGAUAAAAAUCGUUUCAACAUACCAACAUGCAAUGAAGUGGCAGUGGUGUUCGUUGCUGAAGAUGGCGAUCCUCCGUUACAAAGAGACAUAUGUGUAUAUUCUAAAAGUGAGGAUCCUAUAAGUAUAUCAUCUAUGAGUCAACAUGUUGACCCUAUGACAUAUCCUCUCAUCUUUCCAUCCGGUCAGUCCGGAUGGACGCUGAAGAUGAAGCAAACGGGAGGAAAACGUGAUAUAACAGCGUUGCAAUAUUACAGCUUUCUGUUGAGCUACAGAGGCUGA